UACUAAUCCCGUCGCAGCGUUUACGUGCAGAUCUCGAGCAGAAUCACCUCUUCGGGGUUUCUUGGCUCGGUUUGGCUUAAGUGUUUAAUUGUUCUACAACCUACUGCAUCUGAAGCGGGUGUGAAUCGUUUAAGAUUUAUUGUGCCUUGGGAUUAACCGUUUUCACAAUGCAGAAGUUUUGCUUGACUUUCGUCGUGUUGGUGGCCAGCGCAGUCCUCGCAGAACCACCGGUUAGUGGAGGAUAUUCCUACUCCAGUCCUUCUGGUCAUGGACACGAUGAUCACGACGAUCAUGGAGGCGGCGGCUACAUUGCCGUUAACAGCGGACAUCAAACCUCCGAAGGCCUUCACGUGGACCCUCAGCUGCUACAUAAAGUGAAAGAAGUUCUGUUGCAGCACGAAAACUCUGGAUCGCACGGAUCGUCGUUCGGUGGCUAUUCGUCUCACUCGUCCCACGGCAUUUCGGUCCCAUCAACAUCCUAUGGCGUCCCAUCUUCAUCCUAUGGAGCACCAUCGCACUCCUACGGACCUCCAUCGCAAUCCUACGGAGUUCCAUCGUUUGGCGGACAUUCAUCACACACGACCGGAAUCGAGCUUGGCCACGUGCGACAAGGAAUCCAGGUCGCUCAGUUCUUCAAGGCAGCUCACGGACCUUCUCAUUCCUACUCUGCUCCUUCCUACUCUUCACAUUCAUCUUCCUACUCUGCUCCUUCUAUCUCUUCUCACUCUUCUUUCGUACCUUCCUUCCCAUCUCACUCUUACUCUGCACCUGCUUUUGUUUCUCAAUCGUACGGUGCUCCAUCUUUCUCAGCAGGACACUCGUCCCAUGGAUCGUCUCACGGUUCAUCUCAUGGAACGUUCCAUGGAUCUUCCCAUGGAUCCUCUCACGGAUCUUCCCACGGAUUCUCUCUCGGAUCCUCUCAUGGUUCUUCUCACGGCUCCUCUCAUGGAUCCUUCUCUGUCCCGUCUUCCUCCUAUGGAGCUCCUUCAUUCGGCAGCAUCGGUGGCGGCAGCAGCUAUCAUCGGGCUCCUUCUUCAAGCUACGGCCCACCAUCUUCCAGCUAUGGAGCUCCUUCUGUCCAUUCGAUCUCCUCUUUCCGUCCUCCUUCCUCAUCCUACCAUGCCCCAUCCAGCAGCUAUCACGCACCAGCCCCAGUGUAUUCUGCCCCCAAACCCGUCUAUGGAGUGCCUCACCAUCACUAAAGUUAAAACAUGAAACCUAGCCAUUCGAGGACACGUUAUCUAAGUCAUUGUGAAAACAGAUAGCAAUAAUUUAUUCACGCUCUUUCAUUUGUCAUGUGAUUGUUUCAUCAAGUAUUGUUGUGUCUAUAAAUAAAACUCAUUUGUUAAAUACUAGUAAAAAUAAAAGAAAUAAACCAAAA